AUGGGGGGUUGUUCUAGUCGCUCAGGGAGAGAUGGGGGUUGUUCUAGUCGCUCAGGGAGAGAUGGGGGUUGUUCUAGUCGCUCAGGGAGAUCGCUCAGGGAGAGAUGGGGGGUUGUUCUAGUCGCUCAGGGAGAGAUGGGGGUUGUUCUAGUCGCUCAGGGAGAGAUGGGGGGUUGUUCUAGUCGCUCAGGGAGAGAUGGGGGUUGUUCUAGUCGCUCAGGGAGAGAUGGGGGUUGUUCUAGUCGCUCAGGGAGAGAUGGGGGGUUGUUCUAG